AUGGAAAAUAUCACCAGCAUCAGUGAGUUCAUCCUCAUGGGCUUUCCUACUGCUCCCUGGCUGCAAAUUCUGCUUUUCUUCAUCUUCUUCAUAACUUACCUGUUUGUGCUUUUGGAAAAUCUUAUCAUCAUUCUUACUGUGUGGGUCACUGGGUCAUUGCACAAGCCUAUGUACUAUUUUCUGAGUACUAUGUCCUCUGAGGCCUGGUAUAUAUCUGUCACUGUCCCCAAAAUGCUGGCUGGAUUCCUAUUUCGCCCCAAUACCAUUUCUUUCUUGGGAUGCAUGACCCAGCUCUACUUCUUUAUGUCCCUUGCCUGUACUGAAUGUGUACUUUUAGCUGCCAUGGCCUAUGAUCGUUAUGUAGCCAUAUGUUGGCCUCUUCGCUAUCCAGUCAUGAUGACCACAGGAUUUUGUAUUCAACUGACCAUCAGUUCCUGGGUGAGUGGCUUCACCAUCUCCAUGGCAAAGGUGUACUUUAUCUCUCGAGUUGCCUUCUGUGGCAAUAAUGUCUUGAACCAUUUUUUCUGUGAUGUGUCACCCAUCCUUAAGUUGGCUUGUAGGAACUUAUCUAUGGCUGAGACAGUAGAUUUUGCCCUCGCCAUUGUCAUCCUUGUAUUCCCUCUCUCAGCCACUGUUCUUUCCUAUGGCUUCAUUGUCUCUACCAUCCUGCACAUACCCUCAGCCACUGGGCAGCGGAAGGCCUUUUCCACCUGUGCUUCUCAUCUUACAGUGGUGGUCAUCUUCUACACAGCUGUGAUCUUCAUGUACGUCCGACCUCGGGCCAUUGCUUCAUUUAAUUCUAACAAGCUGAUCUCAGCCAUCUAUGCAGUCUUCACUCCCAUGCUCAAUCCAAUCAUCUACUGCCUUAGGAACAAGGAAGUCAAAGAUGCCAUCAGAAAAACCAUAUCAGGUGGCAGAGCCCUGUUCUUGGGUUCUGAAGUGACUUAA